CCUUGCCGGCCCUGUGGCAAGUGUUAGCCAGCGCCCAAGCUGUUUGUUUUGCGGUGGCUCAUGAUUCGAUCGCACAAUGCUUGCGCGAAAACCCAACUUUUUACUUGUUUAUUUGUGAACCUCCUAAUCUGCUUUCCGACGGACGAUAUCAUGGGCACUGGGUGUGGAUUGUAGUUUGGGCCACAGAGUAAGGACGUUAAAAGUAUUUUUUAGUCGUAAUGUUCUCUUGUCUGAGCACUGACCAUGUUUAACUUCUUCGUAUUUUUCUAUUCAUCCACGCUGUCUCAUGCUCUGAAUGCUUGGAUUUACGUGGAAUUCGUGGUGCUUAGUUGGUAUCAUCAGUAUCUUCAUGAACCGUAGGAUUUGUAUCUUCGGGAGAUCAAUGUCAAGGAAUUUGUGAUUUUGAGUUACACUGAAGGUGCUGGGAGGAAGAAUUUCGAGGCCCGCAUCUCGGAUCUCGACGCAUUAACAGAUAGAGGGUGUGAUGGACACAUCCAAGAAAUGGUCCAAAGGCAAUAAGAGAAUCUCACCUGUAUUUCUAAGGUGGAGACCAGCGGAGGCAUGGCACAUCGUUCGAGCGCAUCCAUGGCUCAUGUUUUUGUUUAUCAAUUUUGCAUUGGUGAUACCGCUUGAGUACAACAUUAGUAUGAUAGAGCCUAGGGGUGAACCCUAUGAUGCUGGUUUUGUGAUUACUAAGAGGAUUCACAACAUCUUAGAACUGAGACCCACCUUGAAUCAUGUCCUUGCUGCCGCGAAUACGGUGAGUUCACGUCGUUGGCCCUUAUUCCUAGACUACUUGCGUUCAUGAUAAAUUGUGAGUUCUGUACUGUUUUAGGGUCAGGCCAUCGUUGUCAAGGCAUGAUCUUAAAACCUUACAGAAACGCAAUGUGUGAACAGACGAAUCAAUUCGGUCAAAUUCUCCUAGCCAAGAGUAUAUCUUUGUCUUGGUAUAACGCCAGUGGAGUUUGCCAGGCUCUGGUGGUAUUCCAAAUAGUGUACAUCGCGUGGGCGUGGGUAGUCGAGGGCCGAUUCCGUCCCGUUCUUGCGUCGGCGUUCAUGUUCAGUAGCCGCGGCAUCCUUGGCUACUCCACCCAACUCCCUGUUCCCCAGGAGUUUCUGGGAUCUGGGGUAGACUUUCCAGUUGGACAUGUUUCUUUUUUUCUAUUCUUCUCGGGGCAUGUGGGAGCCUCCAUUAUUGCUACCUUGGAUUUACGAUGUGUGAAUCGGGUACGGGGAGCUCUAGUGAUGGAUAUGUUGAAUGUACUGCAGACGAUGCGACUGCUAGCCACACGGGGUCAUUACACUAUUGACCUUGUUAGUGGAGCUUUUGCAGGGUGGGCUUGUUACCACUUGGCUGGCUUGUGCGAAGAGAGGAUCAAGACCCAGUCUUCCAGUGUCGCAGGGGUUUCUGAUUAUAUUGAUUUGAAUCUCUAGGAGGCAACCAGCAGUUUAUGAGCGCUUCGAUGUAUCUGGGUGCUGUGUUACGAAUUCUAACUAACCUCAAGCUAAGCUUCUUUAACAAGGAGAUUGAUUUCCAUUGAAAAUGGAUCGCCUGGAUGAGCUUGGCAUCAAGACCCAGCCGUGUUCUUGACACAGCCUUGUUCUCUAGUGAUGGGAAACAUUUGUUGGAAGUCAUGCGCUGCUAAAGCUGUUCUUUUCAGGUCUCUGGUUGCCCCUGUUCGACCCCGAUUCAGAUAUUCUGGAAAAAGAUGUGCUGGUCUGUAGUGAGACCCGAGUCUAUGAUUAUGGUCCUUGGAGUCCAUGAUGGUGUCCUCGCCUUUCAUCUUAGGGACCUGGUUCAGCUUAUCUGAUUUUGCCCUAAUCGAUUAGACAGGCAUCAGUCAUGUUUGAUAUCUCAGACUCUCUUUUUGCCAUUGAACUCUUUUAAUUCAACUAUUCCUGGUUUCUCAUCAGUUGAAA